UUGAAAAAUGGCGAUCGUCAAAAAUAAGAAGAUCCUAAGCAAAAAUCGAUUUUUAAUAUUUACACGUUUUUUAUAGUUUUUGUCUUGAAAAAUGCCUGAAACCAUAAUCGAAAGUGUCCUAAGAGGAAAUUUAGACGUAGGCUUAUUAGUUAAAUGGCUCAACGACGAAUCAAUCGAGGAAACUGAAGAUUGUGUAUUAAAUUGCUGUGAUAAAAAUGAGUUUGUGUCCUAUUUCUUGGCUUAUUUGAGGAACCAAACGGACAGUAUCACACAAACGAACAGCAGUGCAACACAAUUACUACAGCACAGCACACCAGAACAGCUCUUCAGCUCGCAAAGGAAGCACCAUCGUUCAAUCAGCGAUCCGACUAGUGAGGAUCGAUCAAAGGAUAGCCUGUCAGUAAAGUCCGAGAAACACAGUAGCCAUGAAUCACCUAACAGAGACAGAAAAAGAGGAAAAAAAGUCAAGACGAAACUCUUCCCUGAAGAUCGAAACCUAUCAAUAUCUUCAGAUGAAUCUAAGCUUUGCAUCGGUGUUGAGAGGCUCGUCUUGUCGAGUACACCCUUAAAGAAUGGUCCGAAUCAUAUGGAAAACUCAAAUCUACUUAGUCCGGUAACACCUAGGUGCGAUACGCCCAGAAUCAACUACAAAUCUAGGUCGCACGAGAAAUGUCUAGGCGAUUUCAUGAUAAACAUCAAAAGUGCAAAGAAAAAAAAACCUAAAGAGCCUGAACCGAAAAUAGAAUUAGAUCUGAGUAGUUCUGAGUUCCCAGAAAUAGGUGCCAGAAAAGCCAGCUCAUUAAGAUCUGAGAAACGUAGGAUUAAGCCAACGAAUAUAGAUAAGAAUUCCCAGAAAAGUUGCUCAUUCAACAGCUUCACCGAAUUCCAAAGACCGUCACCAAUGGCUCUAGAGGACAACGCUUUGUUCCAACCUCAAAAGUUGCAGCCAAAAGAGGCUUCGAGCACCUUUGAUGCUGAAAGAAACAUACUGAAGCAAGAGAGACACAAGCUAAUGGAGAAAUUCAAUAUUUUAAACACAAAUUUAACUUCUACACAAAGAAUUAUGCCACAAAUCAAAGUAACGCAAAAAGAAUUUGAAAAGAGCAAAACAAUUACUAUGACGGAUGUCUCUAAUGUUUUAUUCAAAGAGAAAAUUGACGAAAUAGUUCUUAUUUAUGAGGUUAUAAUGAAAAACAAUUUAAUAUUAAGCAUUAACAAAGAAAUUUAUUUUUUAAUAACUAUAUUGAUAUCUAAGCAGUACGACGAAGAGUGUACCUAUGCCGAAAGCAAAUUGAGAGACAAUGAUUUUGAAUAUUUACUCCAAAGUGUUCAUAAUGCAACAUAUUUUGCUGUAAAAUCAUUGUGGCUUAAUCGUUUUGUGCUAGAAGUUAUUUUGGAUAAAAAUUCAUUAAAAACAUUGGGGGAAAACAAGAAUGUGAGAAAUUUUUAUCCAGAUCUAGCUAAGUUUCUGCUGAAUUGCUACGGACUGAGGUGCGAAGCGGAGGCCAAUCAGGAGCGACCGCGGGCGCAGGACGCGCGUCCGUCGAACGGCGUCAUAUGUUUCAAUUCCGAGACGGACAACGCCGACAACUUUCCGAGCGCGCUGAGCUUUCAGAACUUCAAAAAGCAGAGGGACAUGUUCUACGAGGCCUUGAGGUGGUACGGACAGGAGGGCGCGGUGCGGGCGCGCGCCCGGGGCUGCGUGGCGGGCGGGGGCGGCGCGCCGGACAACUGCAAGCACCUGGCCGCGCUGCUGCUGCGGCACAUGCUGGCCUCCUGUCUGCCCGGCAGCGACGGACUCUCCCAGGAGUCGAAGCUGAGCAAGCUGCAGCGGCGGCUGACGUGCCCCAACGCGCCGGACCCGCACCGCCUGCCGCACUUCACGCCCGCAGAGAUGUUCUACAAAGAGUUCAUAGCGCACGCGGACGGCGACUCAUUCCGCGCGCACCUGCGGGACGCGCUCGCCACCGAGCUGCGGGCGCUCGACGCCGCGCACUUCAGCCUCGACGACAACUCGAACAACGAGAUAUCGAAGGAGUUUUUGAAGAUCUCAAAGAAGCUGUUCCUGCUGGCCAAGUUCCUGGGCUACGUGACGUCACUUCCGUACACCCAGUCGCCGGAAGCGACCAAAUCCAAUAUGAUCGUUAAGGAGACGAAGGACUAUCGGUACUCGGUGCCCAAAGAGAAGGUCCUGGAGAACGACCUGUAUUUGAGAAAUUAUAGCCAACCGUCACUGGACCUGAAGGGCAUGCUGACGAGGUCGUACGAGAGCGGGCGCCUGGCGCUGACGCUGCCCUGGGUCGUGCACUUCCUGUCGAUGCUGGACUACGCCAGCCUCAGGACCAGAUACUACCAAGAACUACUCAAUUUAAUUGAAGAGAUAAAUAAAAAGAAGUUGAACAUGAAAAAGAACACGGCGGUGUACGUGAGGUCGCUGCUGGGCUGGCUGUCCGAGCUGCCGCAGUACCCGGGAGGCCGCUGCGGGGGCCCGGCGGUGGGAUUGUGCGCGCCGCCCGCCGGCCCCACGCUGGACUCGUGCGACCUGGUGGACCACUCCAGCAUCCAGGAGCUGUGCCCGGCGCUGCGGAGCCUGGGCGCGCUGCUGGCCACCUGCCGGGCGGAGUGCGAGCAGCGGGACAACAGCUUCCGGCACAUCACCCCCGUCAGCCUCAGCCUCAACCACGAGGAACGACUGCGCAACAAGGAAAAGGAGCUGCAGCUCCGCCUCGAGGAGGAGUUCCUCAAGAGCCAGCCGUCGUCCACCCGGCGCGUGCUGGAGCUGGUCAUCGAGCGCGUGACGUCGGCGUGCGUGCGCGAGCUCUCCGCCACCGUGCUGCUGCAGGCGCGCGAGCGGGCGCGGGACGACGCCAGGGCACUCCUCGGCGCCAGCCAGGGGGACGACGAGACGCGGCUGGUGCAGGCGGUGCGCGCGCAGUACGCGGAGCAGGCCCGGCGAGCGCGCCCCGCCGCCCUGCAGCGCGCCCGCCGCACCGCCGCCGCCCGCUGCCGCGCCGCACUCGCCGCGCUUGCCUGCCGCCCGGACCCGACCCCGCCAGUACGUGCCCCCCACCGCACCCCUGCCGCCCCCCAGUCGACCUCGUAUAACGCGCAUAUCCUCUGCAAAGACAUCAAGGCGGAGAUGAAGCUCCUGACGGCGCCGAGCGAGGCGGCGGGGAGCCCCGGGCCGCGCCCCGCCGCCGCCGCCGCCAUGACGGCCGCCGACUUCGACGCCGUCAACGUCAGCCCCUCCACCUGCAUCAUCACACUGAAGGAAGCGGUGUGCCAGCUGCUGGACGGGGGCUCCCCGGGGGGGCUGGGGGGGCUGCUGUCCGCGUGCGCGCUGGCGUGCUCGCCGCGCAACGUGUUCUGUCGCCCGCCGACACAGCGCGCCAUACUGCAGCUGUCCGUGGACCUUUGCGUCAUAUACGUGAGCAGAAAGCCAAACGAACUAACGGACGAGUUCCUGAACGCUCUGCACGGCGUGUGGGACACGUGCUGCCCGGACCGCCCCCGGCCCCCGCCCCCCGACCUCGCCCCGCCCCCGCGCGCCCCCGACUCGCCGCCCGACGAGGACAGAGCGGGGGCGGCGGGGGGUGCGGGGCCCGGGGGGGCGGCGGACGAGUGCCGCGGGCUGCUGGAGCUGUUCGACCACAUCCUAUGUCCGCGGAACAUCGUUAUCCUGAGCGCGUCCCCCGGCGCCAAGCCCGACGUGUGGGGGCGCCUCGCCGCCGUGCUCGUGUACCUGCUGAGGAACUACUUCCUGAGCGAGGACUCCCUCACGGAGCAGUGCCUGGCCGUGUACCGGCAGGACUGGCCGCAGUCGACCCUCAAGAGCCUGUCAUCCUGCAUGAAGUCGGUGUCGUCGAGCUGGUGCCAGUCCUCGACGGGGAAGUUCACGCUGUUCCUGGACUUCCUGGCGGAGUACUGCGGGGACAUGGACUACGAGCCCGCCGACUGACGCACAGCUCCACGGGCCCAACAGUCGCCGAGGGCGCUGUACGAAUGUAGUACUCGAGUGCUGACGUCACGACGACUAAAAAGUACAUUACAGAAAAGUUAUAUAUAUAUCGAUUUAAUUUAUAUAAUAAUAUGUAUAUAAAUACCUGGACCUGGACCUCGCCGAGAUGAGCGGGUUAGACAGAAAAAAAUCAUAGUUUAUUAUUAAAGCAUGUUUUGUUGUAACAUUACGUCGAAACACCACAACAAAAUAUAUUAGAAGUAGCGCCUUAUCUACGAAUUCAAUCUAAUUAUUUAAUAAGUAAGGAUACGAUAUUGGUGAUGCCCGUGGACAGAUGCACGAGUCGUCAGCUGGCGGCGUUGUGGCCACGCGAACUUCAAGUGCCAUCUGUUUUAAUUUUGGUAACCCUUUUAGCGCUGAGCUUAUUUUCAAUUAUUUGAUCGCGUCGAUAUAUCGACGGUUCGCGCUCAAAGGGGUGUUUCUGCAGGUUUGAAUGGCAGACUGUUUAGCGUCUGCGCGAGCGGGGGGGAAUCAAACCCACUGAAAGUAACUUGGCGAAAUCCUCCAAAGACUCCACUGAAGUCUUUAGUAAACAACUGCCACUGUACAGAUAAUGAAUUAAAUUCAACUCAUUGAUUUUAUAUAAUUUUUUAUAAAACGGAAUGUAAAAAAAAAAAGCUUGGCUUAAAGGUCUCAUUACCGGGACAAGAAAUCUUCAAAAUUAAAAAGCUGGACCUCUAAUGGUGUCUUAAAGGACUUGGAACUAAUUAACUGAACGUGCAUUUAAUUACAUAAGUUGUUUUUUUUUUAUUAAUGACAUCCCAUCUCAGUUUAAUUCCAUUAAAUAAUAAAGUCCAAUCAAUUAUAUUCGUUUUGCACUAUGCAUUUUUAUAACCAGGAGUUGCGAUGAAGUUUUUAAGCUUAAACGAGUCUCGUCCAGACUCAUCUAUACAGAACUAGUCGGUGGGGGGGCAGGGCCGGACUCAAGCAUGGGGGCUCUUCAACCGAAGGGGGGGGGGUGGAAUUUGGUACAUUAUUGAAAAUAAAAUGCAUACGAUUUACGUGCUUUAUUUCGUUAACUCGGUGUGCCUUCGAGCUUAAGCUUUUGAUAAUGAAGGCUUUUUGGUCGCUUAAUAGGGGUCCCGAGAUGGGGGACCUAAUCCGCUGAUGUGUCCCUCGUCUCAUGAGGUCUCUGGUGCGACAGAUACACACCGCUUGAAGGCUUCUGGUCGCGGAAUAUUUGUGUGUAUACAUGUCGUCCGCGUCAUUAUAUUAUGAUAUGGAGCUGACAUGUGUGGAGAUGUUAACCAAAAACUAGUGGGGCGUGUGUUUCGCUUCGAGUAGAUUCGGUUACUAACUGCCUCUGUGUUAUCCCUGUAACGUUUUUAUAGUCGAUACGACAUCCCUAGGAUUAUCGAGAACAUUCCUGACAGGUCGAGUAAUUUCGAUAUGUGUUUCCGCUGUUUUAUAAUAGAUGGCGUUGCACUUUUCGAGCGUUCUCGAUUUUACAGGUUCUUUCGUUUCGCUAUUCGACGGUAGAUGGCGUUACUCUUACCUGCGUACACGCAACAAUAUCUUAAAAUGUUUUCACGUGUUUGAGGAAAAAUUAAAAAACUUUUAUUGAUUUAUUUCGGUUUUAUUCAACUAAUAUAAUUGAGGCCCUCCGUGACUCACGGAAACAGUAAAGUUUUCGCGAUGCAUGUAUAAGUUUUUUUUACUUAAAUACCAAAGUCCCGACUGUGUAAAUGUUGACAAAGCUUACGACUGUCGAACUUAAAGCUGCCGUUCGUUCCGUCCAAAUGAACUGCUUAUCCCCAGAAGUCACUUCCUCCAGGUAACCAACGAAUAAUAAUAUAUAACAUGCGGUAUACUCAAUUUUAAUUGGCAUUUUAGAUUCAAGGAUGUUUAUAGAUAAAUAAAAAUGUACUUUAAGAGUAAUCUGACAAAUAAAUUAAUGGAAAUGGCAACACCACGUAAUGUAUUAAUGUGAACAUGUAACACCAUGUACAUAGGUGUCUUAUUGGAAUAAAAAUAAGAAAGUACAGUAUUUUAUUAGAAAAAAAAUGUAUGUAAAAUAAAUAUAUAAAUAAUUAAUAACA